AUGGCGACUACCUACCUGCCCCAACACCAAGCAACACCUCUACUUCCCAGGAUAAAAACAACAAUGUCAAACCCUCUCAAGCCGCCCGUCUUCACAAAGCCCAUACCCAUCAUCGGUGCUGGCAUUGCCGGCCUAACAAUCGCCCGCUGCCUCCUCCAAUCCGGCAUUCGCACGACGCUGUAUGAGAAAGCAUCGGGCGCCCCCCGACAUAAUUACGGCAUCACGCUAUAUGCAUCUUCUUACCGGCCCCUUCUCUCCUACCUCGGUGUCCCAGAGCUCGACUUCAAAUCCUGCGUCGCCGUUGACGCAGAUGCAGGAGGCACAGGACGAACGAGCCACGUGACCAGCGACGAGGAAUCCCCCGUGCACACAAUCGAGUAUUUUCGAGCCAACCGCGCGAGACUGGAACGAUGGUUAGGCGAAGGAUUGGAUAUACGGUAUUCGUCCGCCAUAACAAACGUGGAAGCCACAGACCAGACCGGACCUAUUUUCCAUCUUGCAAACGGGGAGGUUCUGCAACCAGACUUUGUCAUUGCGGCAGAUGGUGUGCACUCGAGCAUCCGCAGAGCUUUUGUGCCGACGACGCAGCUCGAGGUGCUGCCUCUGGUUGCCUUUAACGGAAAGCGAAGAGUGGAUGCGCAGACGUUUGAAGACGUGUUCGCCGCCGCUUUUCAAAGGGAUACAGUGCUCCAUGCUAGACACGGCGAUUCGCUUCUCACCCUCAGUCUCAACGACAAGCGCAAAGACGACAUCAGUCUCAGCUGGACAUUUUCCCGUCCACCGCGCAGCACCACCACCACCGACUCUCUACACCACCCCACCCGCUCCACCACCGACGCACACACCAUCCCCCCCGAACUCUUCUCCGAACUCGCCACACUAAAACCACACCUCCCCUCCCCCUUCCCCCACCUCCUCAACCCCGAGCAUCUCCGCAAUGACCGAAUUCUACACUGGCUCAUGCGCCGCUCCCUCAUCCCCCUACCCUCCCUACACACCCUCCUGCACCGCACCAACAUCCUCUUACUCGGCGACGCCGCGCACACCGAGCCGAUUAUCGGGGGCAACGGCGCUAAUGCCGCGGUUCUGGAUGGUGUGGUGUUUGCGCGUGAGAUUGCAGAAAGGGGAGUGGGUGAUGGGGCGGCGGCGGCGUACGAGAUCAGGUAUGGGCAGUGGGAGAGUGCGUAUGCGCGGUGGGAGGGUGGGUUGGGGAGGAAGUAUGGGGUUGGGGUGCGGGAGGGGGUUAAUUUGUAG